AUGGGAACUCUAGCCCUCACCUCAAUGUCCUCCUCACGGGUUUUUAUGGACUAUGAUUUCCAGCCUACUAUAGAUUACUUCGGCUGGUUGAGCUCAAAUCCAGCUAUUGCUGAGCACGUUGAUGCAGAGGUGGUAACUAAACGUGAGACAAUGACUAUAGGGGAGUUAUUCUCCUACAUUAAGCAGGAGUCUUCAAAGGAAGCAUUUUUUGAGUGCACGGCUACGAUCGAUGACGUCGUGCAUGACUAUGCUUGGUACUAUAUUUCGUGCAGUGGGUGCCAUAGUAAGGUUACCAAAGGCCCAACCUCAUUGAUUUGUACAAACAACAAGUGUGGGAAGGUUAACGUAGAUGGUGUUGCGCAGUACAUGGCAAGGCUAUCUGUUUAUGACAACAGUGAACAAGCCGUUUUUGUACUACUUGGUGAUGCUGGGCGUGCGCUUACUGGAAAGCAUGCGUCAGAAUUAGUUAGCAACUACUUUGAGCAGCAGUACAGAAUGAAAGGCUUUGCCACAUACAUUGAUCUGAUCUCGUGCCUGCUACUGGCCGAGGCAAAUAAUGAGCUCCUGAUGAAGAACAGUGAAGCUAGACCUGUCGGAACAGCCCCAUUACCAGAGGCCAGUGGAAUUGAAAAGAAAAAUCCCAACGAGUGCAAUUACAUCCAGAAUGAUAAGAGACCACAUGGCAGAGGCCGUGGUGGAUACAGGAACCGUGACAAUUACUCGAACGGCCGAGAUAGAUACAUGGCCGGCCGGAAAGGAAACCACAAUAACCGUGGUCGUGGUUCCAAUCCCGGCUGUGGCCGAGGCAGUUAUGGCCGAGGCCGAGGCGGUAUAUCCAAGCCGUCUUACUCGGCCUGGUAUAUCCAAACCGUCUUACUCGGCCAAGUCCGUUUGUCACCGGUGUGGGAUGAGUAA